AUGACUGCAGAUGACAGCUGACAGAUUGUUGACCAACUGUUUUUUUUUUAAUUCGAAAAUUUAUAUUACUGACAAUAAACAAGAAUGGUGUGUGAGGACGUUUUAAAAAUAAAGAACCUACCUAAAGAACUCAGCGAUGCGGAAAAGGAAGACUUUUUGAAGCACUUCGGAGCAUCAAAAGUGAAGAUUAUAACCUCAAAAUCAUGCCAAAAAUCGGUCGCCUUCGCCCGCUUUGAUUCGAAAGAAGUGGCCCGAGAAGUGCUAUUUCGCCUCCACCAAGCCUACAUAUUGAAAAACCGUUUGUGUGUCGAAUAUGCAGUCCACGACAUAGGUUUACCAAAAAUCAAAAAGGUCGAACAAACCACAGCCACCAACAAGGAGCACUUCAAGUCGUUUGUCACGAAAUUGAACUCAUUCAACAGUGCUGUGGGAUUCCAACAACCACCGCCCCCUCACCUCAAAUACGUGUACCCCAAAGCCAAUCGCCUCACAAUCAACAAUAUUGGCCAUGCUUUGGCCACUGUACCGAAAUUUUACACGCAAGUGUUGCACUUGAUGAAUCGAAUGAAUCUGCCGCCACCGUUCGCACUUCCGGACCCCGUGAGACAGAGGCCCCCACAGCAGCCUCAGCCGAAGCCUGCAGACCCGACUCCACCUAAGCCCCAAGAAAGUUCGUCCGAAUCGGAGCUAGAAAGUGACGAAGAAUCGAAAACAAACAAGGAAAUAAUCCCACAAAAGCGCGUUUUGAGACAGAAAAAAGCGGUUAAAAGGCCUAAAUUUAUUAAACCAGCGGUCGCAGUUGCCUCAAGUGGGGCCAAGCAUGAGCCUGAGGAUGUUUUUGAGAAAUCGGAUGUGCAAACGCAGCGCAAAAUCGAGCUGAAAGUGUCUUCGACGGCCUUAGAUGGUAAAGAAGAAGAGGUGGAACAACACGUUGGGACCAUUCCAUCGUGCGAAGCGGACGAAAGCAGUGCUGAAAAACCCGAAAAAACUGUUAUCACAGCUAAAGAAUUGGCCGCCAAUCAAAUCCCAGAAAAAGACCUUGAUGUGCUUCCAGUUUUCAAGAAUUAUCAUCCAGGGGCACCAACUUGCCGAUUGUAUAUUAAAAAUAUCGCCAAAAAUGCCGAGUUGAAAGAUUUGGAGUAUAUUUAUAACAGGUAUAAGGUGGAGAGUGAUGGAGAAAACCCCUCCACUUUUGAUAUAAGACUUAUGCAGGAAGGGAGAAUGAAGGGGCAAGCUUUCGUUACUUUAAGUUCAGUUGAAAUCGCACAAAAAGCAUUGAAAGAAACCAAUGCGUAUAUUUUGAAAGAUAAGCCUUUAGUUGUAGUGUUUGCGAGGUCAGCACCUACGAAAAAAGCUAACUGAAAAUGUAAAAUGUGAAUAAAAGGCGUUGUUUACA